UCUCUUCUGUUUCUGUUUCCUAUAUGUUCUUCAACUUUUAUUGUUAGCUUUUGUGUAUAGACUAUGACUUUUGACUAUUAUUUAUAAAUGUCUUUAAUUUCAGGGAAUAUAUUUUGAGUGUUUGUUUAUGUGAAGUAUAGAUUAUAUUUCUUGUAUUUAUAAUUGUUAAGAUGUCCCACAUUAGUUAGGAAUAAAGACAGAAUAUUCCUUAUAAGGAAUAAGGUAAUCCUCCUUCUAUGAGCUAGUUUUUGAAAGUGAGUUAGGUCCAAGUUUCUUAACAUGGUAUCAGAGCUUAUUCAGUUUAAAUGUUGGGCUGCUCAUAGAUGUCUAGUCCUGUUGGAUCCACCUGUGUACAUGUCAAGUCUUACAAAUUUCACGCACUAGAUGUCCAGUUCAGCACGUGAGGGAGAUGUGUUAAGAUGUCCUACAUUGGUUUGGAAUAAAGUCAGAAUACUCCUUAUAAGGAAUAGGAUAGUCCUCCUCCUAUGAGUUAACUUUUGAGAGUGAGUUAAGCUCAAGUUUCUUAACAAUAUUCUUCAAAAUAGUGGUCAUGUCAUACCUCUCGAUGCAUUGUCCUGCCAUAGCAGUUUAGGGGAUGGCUGCCCCAUGUUGCCUUUGGGAUUGAUGACUAUGUUAAUAGAGAAGAAAAUUGUUAAAUUUCUUUUUAGAAUACAAUUAAUCAGGAUCUUGUUUUCUUUGAUUGCAACAAUAAGUCAGACAAUUGUUCUCAAUUGUAAUGAUGUUCUGGAUCCUCUUUUAUGCAGUAAUGCUGCUCUGAUGUGAUGUUUAUCAGUCUUGAUAUACCCAUCUGUUGGUGUUUACUAUUGUAAGCCAUUAAGAGUCUUAGUUGCUGAGACUUUAUGUGGCAGACUUUAUACCCAUCUGUUGGAGCUAUUCCUCGUUAUUGUCUAAACUUCUCCCUCUUUAUUAAAGGUUGAAUUGGAUUAUAGGCGCCAUACACUUAAAGAAAAGGACAAUUGGGGUGACAAUUAAAUUUGUACCAGUGCUGUAAAACCCUUGUGUCACUGGCAGCUCAUGUAAUUAUGCAUGUUCUUCUAGUCAUUCUAGCAUGCUUAUUUUGAUGUUUGCAUUUGUUUAUGCAUCUAGAUAUACUUUCAUGUGCCUGAUUAUAUAUUUUAUCUCUUCCAUAAUUUUACUUCUAGAUUUAAAAAUGGAUGGAUCAGCUGGCCGAGGUGUUGGUGCUGGCCUGGACAUGUUUCUACCCAAUUAUAAAUUGGGAAAAACACUUGGAAUUGGAUCCUUUGGGAAGGUGAAAAUUGCAGAGCAUGUAUUGACUGGCCAUAAGGUUGCAAUCAAGAUCCUUAACCGUCGAAAGAUAAAGAACAUGGACAUGGAAGAAAAAGUGAGAAGAGAAAUAAAAAUUUUAAGAUUGUUCAUGCAUCCUCACAUUAUACGCCUUUAUGAGGUCAUAGAAACUCCAACUGACAUAUAUGUUGUUAUGGAGUAUGUGAAAUCGGGAGAGUUAUUUGAUUACAUAGUGGAGAAGGGUAGACUGCAGGAAGAUGAAGCUCGUAAUUUUUUUCAGCAGAUAAUCUCUGGUGUGGAGUACUGUCACAGGAAUAUGGUGGUUCAUAGAGAUCUGAAGCCUGAGAAUUUACUUUUGGACUCCAAAUGUAAUGUCAAGAUUGCUGAUUUUGGCUUGAGCAACAUCAUGCGGGAUGGUCACUUUCUUAAGACAAGUUGUGGAAGCCCCAACUAUGCAGCUCCUGAGGUUAUCUCUGGGAAAUUGUACGCUGGACCAGAAGUAGAUGUCUGGAGCUGUGGUGUAAUUUUGUAUGCACUUCUUUGUGGCACUCUGCCUUUUGAUGAUGAAAACAUUCCAAAUCUCUUCAAGAAAAUAAAGGGUGGGAUAUAUACACUUCCCAGUCAUCUGUCACCUGGUGCUAGAAAUUUGAUACCAAGGAUGCUUGUGGUCGACCCUAUGAAGAGGAUAACUAUACCUGAGAUCCGUCAACACCCAUGGUUCCAAGCUCGUCUUCCACGUUAUUUAGCUGUGCCACCACCAGAUACAAUGCAACAGGCCAAAAAGAUUGAUGAGGAGAUCCUUCAGGAAGUGGUGAAUAUGGGAUUUGACAAGAAUCAAUUGGUUGAAUCUCUUCGGAACAGGAUACAAAACGAGGGUACUGUAGCCUACUAUUUGUUAUUGGACAACCGAUUCCGUGUUUCCAGCGGCUAUCUUGGAGCUGAGUUUCAAGAGUCCAUGGAUGCUGGUUUUAACCAAAUGCAUCCCAGUGAAGUUGCUUCUUCAGUUGUUGGGCACCGUGUUCAAGGCUAUAUGGAUUAUCCAGGAGCAGGAUUGAGACAACAGUUUCCUGUUGAGAGAAAAUGGGCCCUUGGGCUUCAGUCUCGUGCCCAUCCUCGUGAAAUAAUGACUGAGGUCCUUAAAGCUUUGCAAGAAUUAAAUGUUUGUUGGAAGAAGAUUGGUCACUACAACAUGAAGUGCAGGUGGGUUGCUGGCAUUCCUGGUCAACAUGAAGGAAUGGUGAACAAUGCUGUGCAUAAUAAUCAUUACUUUGGAGAUGAUUCCAACAUUAUUGAGAAUGAUGCCGUUUCUGCUUCAAAUGUUGUCAAAUUUGAGGUGCAGCUUUACAAAACUAGGGAAGAAAAGUAUCUGCUUGAUCUUCAAAGGGUGCAAGGUCCACAGUUUCUCUUCUUGGAUCUGUGUGCUGCUUUCCUUGCACAGCUUCGUGUCCUCUAGAGCAAAGAGCUUAGGCUCACAAGAGACUCAAAUAUGCCUGUUUCAUGUGAAUAAGCUACCAUUGUACAUAUAAGUAUCUUUUCUGUCCGAGAGUAUGGUCUGUUUUCUACCCGUUUUUCUAUGGGUAAACAUCAUAAUGAGCCAAUCCUAAAUAUGGGUUUUGCUUCAUUAACAAUGUUGUUUAACUAGGUGUUCCUUUCUCUUGAUGAAUUUAAUUUUAUCAAUGUAGUGAAUUAUAUGGGGAAAUUGAUGAAAGAAUUAGACCCCAAUUGACAGUGAUGUGUAUGAUUUUCAAUCGAGGGCUGUAAAUGACUGUUGCGAUUGUUACUUGGAAGCGGAAGGGAUGCCUGUCUAGGCUGCAUGCCUGCAUCUAACUUUGAAUUUGCAGAUUAGCAUUAUCUUAUGAAUGUAAUUUCAGAUUACUCUUGUAUGAUUGCAUCCU